UGCCAUUUGUUUUCACUGUUUAAUCUGAUAGCUUGUCCGUAACAUUAUCAUUCCCCGAUGAUUCGUGCAUUAGGACACAUUAAAGAGUUAUUAAUAGGCAGCCAUCGAGUUAGACAUCGCAAAAAAUUUAACAUUCGUCAUUGCAAUCAAUGACACAGGCGGCAUCCCACGAAAAUAAACAUUUUGAAAGCGCAUUCUGGUUAAUAACUUAAUAUAAAUAUAGCGUCAAAGCUGUAGGAAACUCAUUUCAAAUAUUGGAUAUGAAAAGAAAUCGUUGUGCCAUUGAAGUAGAAUACGUAUUAUAAAUAUCAGAGAGAAACAGAAAAGUAUACGUGUACUAUGGAUAAGAAUAUAGGUGUUUCAACUGUUCUAAUCCUUGCUCUGAAUCUAGUGAUUGUUAGCUCGAGAAAUCGUAAUACAUCAGAGGCAACACUUCACAAAAAGUUGUUUAAGGAUUACAACCAAAAUGUCAUUCCUAGAGAAAGUGAAUCUUUGCCAAUUGAAGUCACUCUUGAUAUGGUGUUAAUGUCUAUAGAUAACAUCAACGAGAAAAGACAAACUAUUUCAAUCAAGGCUUUUCUGGAGAUUAAGUGGAGAGAUUCGUUUCUUACAUGGGACGCCAAAGAAUAUUCUGGCGUUUCUAAAAUCAGUGUCAAGAAUACAGACAUAUGGAUUCCUGAUGUUGCUUUACAAGACACGUAUGAUAAACUGACGGAUUUAGGACAAAUAGAUGGAAAAGCUAAUAUACUAAGUGAUGGUUUGGUAACUAUUUGGCCCUAUAAGAUUUACACGAUCGCAUGUAAAGUCUCGAUCGGAAAGUUUCCGUUCGAUAAACAAAUAUGUACAUUUGAUUUCUUGUCAUGGAGUCAUUCAACGUCAACUCUUGUUUUAAAAAGCACCCAGGAUACACCUGAUAUGUCAGUUUUUGCAGAAAGCGGCGAAUGGGAUUUAACCGGAAGUAGGGUGAAAGUAGAGAGACGCAUGUACGGAAAUGACUCGUGGGAUCACGUGCUGUUUCGUUUUGAUCUGCAACGUAAAUCGUUGUACAACGUUUUGAAUGUUAUAUUACCAGUGUUCUGUAUAUCUGUUUUGAAUAUUGUUUCAUUCAUACUUCCUUCGGAAAGCGGUGAAAGGGUAACAUUUUCAAUAUCUAUAUUUCUCAGUCUUGCUGUUUUUUUGACCACUAUAAACAGUUCAAUGCCUGAAUCGUCGGACGAGGUCGCUUCAUUUAGUGUUUAUGUUGGACUUCAACUGUUUGGAAGCGCUUGUACAAUCAUGAUCACUAUAGUCUCGUUAAGUCUCUUUCAUCGCGAGAAGAACACUGUAAUUUCAAGUAUAUUUAAGGCACUCGUCAGGUUCUGCUGCAUAACAAAAUCAAACGAACAUUAUCGCGUGAGAAAAGAUGAAACAAACGACAAUGUUAAAGCAUGUUUGAAUGAGACAGUACAAGAUAGCGUUACAUUUAAUUAUGGAUGUACACGGUCGCUCAUUCUCAAUAAAACACAGCAUUUGAUGUUCCACUGGGUAGCUCUUAUACGAAGGUUUUUCUUGAGGUCAAAAUGUCGUUAGAAAGGUGGCUGCCACUUUGUCUAAUAGGGACACUCUCAGUUUUACAUUUCUAUCUAUUAUUUUUCUUUUACAAGUACCAUUAAUGCCCUAAAAUGUAACAUACGUUACUGUCGCCACCUAGAAUUUUCAACUUUGAAAUUGUGUUUCAGAAAAAUAAGUUCCAGAAUAAACGAAACAUGUGCAAUUAGUCAUUGCUGUGUGUAUAUGCACUUUGAUUAUUGGUAAAUAUUAUAUUUGACUGUUAAAAUCUCAUUGGUAUAAUGAAUGAUCAAAUGUCGCC